ACUGAUCCAUCUUCAUCAGCCAGCUGUGAAUGUGGGCGGACGUCUGAAGUUGAUCGCACCUAGCAAGGAGUCAACCCCAAAAAGUUCCCCGACUUUAUCCAAUUGCGCUAUUUGUUUAUGUCACAUCUCAUUCUUCAAAAUGACAGAUUAUGGUUUGAAUUUGUUUAAGUUCAUCUGAAACCGUCGUCAAUCGCCAUUGCAGCGUGCGGUUGGUUUCUUGAGCAGUGCAAACAAGCUACCCACUACAAAGUAUGUAGAGGCACUGUCGUCCGUCGCUUAGAACCGACAAGUAUCCGAACCGAACCACGGUUGAAGCUAAUUGAUGAUUAUUGAAUUGUGAGGAUUCCAACUCUCUCAAAUACCUGCCUAAGCGCAUCGAAUUGUCUCCUGAUAAAAGCCCCAGUCGGACGGACAUAACCUUUCAGUUUGGAAAAAUGAGGUUUCGUGCAUUGUCAACUUCUGCGACCGUGGUUAGGUGGAAUGUCGUAACGCUGUUGGUUCUGGUUCUAUCUUGGACUACGCACGUAGCCUUCGGGCAAGAUCUGAGCGAUCCCGACAUGCAGUCCAUGCUGGUUGAAUAUGAAUCGGAGCAUAUGGUGGAGAGCUAUCGCUUCAAAUACGCCACGGCUGAUGGACAGUUUCGUGAGGAAACCGGCAUGCUGAUGAACCCUGGAACGCCUGAAGAGGAACUGGUGGUGAUGGGUAUGUACGGAUAUGAGACCGACGACGGCACUGAAGUCAUGGUGAUGUACGUCAGCGGAAAGAGUGGAUACCGAGCCAAGACAAAAUUACGCAAAUUGGCAGAGUCAGAACGAAAGAAAAAGUUGUUUGCAUCGCUGGUUGGAUAAGUUCUGCUGGAAGAGGAUCGGAAAGUGAAUGUUAUUUGUGGUAUUAUUUUAUCGUGAUGUUUGUCAAAUAAAUUUGAAAUACCUCAAUUGAUAAGGGCGCUGAUAUAAUUUUUUGUGAUAUCGAUGAAGUAAUGAACUAUGAACAAUUGCAUCCUUGA